CUCGUAGAACCGCGGCGGACCAAGCACAAUGACAAUAAUUGUCGGCGGGAGGGAAGUGUACGUCGGAUAGACGGUUUGCAGUAUGUGUCCGUUGGGUAGGUGGGUACCGCGGUGUGUUGCGUCAAAAAGUUUCCACUUUUCCAGCGUCCGAUCGUCGGCGAUAAACGUUCGAGACCGCCACCACCACUCAGCUGCUGCGGACCGUGCUCGGUGAUUAUAUUGUUUGGCAGUGCAGCCGUCGGACGGUAGCGAAGGCAAAUACGAUCUCAGCCGCCUAUGCGUCAAACCUAUUCUGUGGCAAUACUACUUAGUUAUCUUUAUUCGCGGGCAUAUUUCUUUGUUAUCAACAACACAAGAAAAGACGGUUACGGGAAUCGAAGUUGUUAUUCCACUUAACUUUUUGUUUUCCGACGAUUUCAUUCACCACACGUUUAACCACGGUUUUUCGCUGCUCAUUGUUGUUUGGGUAAUAAUAAAUAUGACGAAAACUGCUAUGCGUGGUGCAUUAAUUGUUUUGGAAGGCUGCGAUAGAUCUGGGAAGACAACUCAAAGUUCAAAAUUAGUCGAAGCUUUAAAUAACUUGAAAAUACCAGCAAAAAAAAUAUCAUUUCCUGAUCGAUCUACUCCUAUUGGUUCAAUUAUCAAUGAUUAUUUAUCUAAAAAAAUAGAUUUGCCAGAUAAAUCUGUUCAUUUAUUAUUUAGUGCUAAUCGUUGGGAACUAGAGCCUGAAAUUCGUAAACAAAUAGAAGCUGGUGUAACUUUAAUAGUUGAUCGAUACUCAUAUUCUGGUGUGGUAUUUACUAGUGCAAAACAGUCCAUAGACUUUGAAUGGUGUUGUGGUCCAGAAAAUGGCCUACCGAAACCAGAUUUAGUAAUGUUUUUAAAAUUACCAAUCAGUGACAUUAUUAAACGAUCUGGUUUUGGUGAUGAGCGAUAUGAAAAUAUUGAAUUUCAAAAUAAAGUUGAUAAAAAUUAUGAAAAAUUUAAAACUGAUAACUUUAUUGAAGUUGAUGCAGCUCAAGAUAUUUCAGUCUUAACAAAAAAUCUAUUAGAACAAGUUGUAAAAACUAUUGAUAGUGUCAAAAACCAAAAAUUAGAUAAAUUAGUUUUAUAA